AGUUCAAACAAUAGCACUUCACGCUAGCAAAAGCCUGUAGAAACUCCAAACGCACUCACAACCUCUGGCCCACUUUUGGACCAAGUCAGUGAGUAAAAGUGGACAUAACUCGGCAGAAAUCUUUUGGCGUGGCUUGCGCUCACCUCUACCACAGAUCGGACCUGAAAUUGCCAUCAACCAUCCUUUGAUAGACUCCUACCUCCCUCAUAUCACGAUUUCUUUCUCCUCAAAAUCAGAUUCUCAAUUUGACAAAACUCAAAUCCUCCUACGCAGUCUCCUUCUCAUCGCGACGCCAUCAUGGGUUGGUUCUGGGCUGAUUCAGAUGUUUCCGUUGUCAACGCCAGACCAGCUCCUCAUGCAAUUCCCACAGGAAAUGCAAAGCCACCAGUAAGACAUCAUCCCCAUGCACAACACAAGCAAGAUAUCUAACUACCUCAGCCCUCAUGUCCUAUGCAUAAAGCCGUUACACCAGUAGCCAAACCUCCUACACCCCCCGCCGAGUCCGCCUGUCCAUACACACCCAGCGAUCCCUCAAAGAAUGGCGAAUCCAAAGUGUCCUCCGCAUUUUCAAAAUACAACCCUCUAAAUUACAUGUUCUCCGAUCUCUCCCAAGACCGCGCCGAAAACCAGACAGUCGCUCUCCCCACUUCCCGCGAGGCAUCUUCAAUUCCAAAAGGCACCGGAGACGGAAAUUGGGAAUACCCCUCACCACAACAGAUGUACAACGCCUUGCUAAGAAAGGGAUAUACCGAUACAGACGCCACCGCAGUAGAGAGUAUGGUAUCCGUACACAACUUCUUGAAUGAAGGUGCUUGGGCCGAGAUCGUAGAAUGGGAGCGCAGGUUCGGUAGAGGGCUAGGAAAAGGAUGGGAGGCUUGCAAGAAAGGAGAGGCGGGGUCGCAUGCUGGAGCGGAUAUUGGAUUGAAUAUGGAUGAAGUACCACAACCUAGUCUGAUGAGAUUCCAAGGCAGACCGAAGGAGAUGACACCCAAGGCUGUUAUGAUCCAGAUCAUGGGCAAGAUAUAUCCUUCUGCUUUUGGGUAAGUAAUCCUCUCUUUCUAAACAUGCAUUCUGCUAAUUACAUAUAGAACUGAACCACCAUUUGAUCGCCACGAUUGGUACGUCCAGCGCGAACACAACGGGGUAAAGAAGGAAAUCAGAUACGUCAUCGAUUACUAUUCCGGCCCAGAUGAACCCACAGGCGAGCCAGUAUUCUACCUUGACGUUCGACCAGCCCUCACACCUACCCAAGCCGUCGAGCGAUUAAUGCGAUGGGGAGGCGACGUCUGGUAUCGAGGCACCGGCGCCGCUCUCAGAGAACAAGAGCAACAAAACAAGGACUAAAAAGACAAACGCCAUUGAUCCAUCAAUCACAAGAGACCGCAACUGCUAGGGAGAGUAAAUUUUUUUAAUGUUCAGACACUUCUUUUUAAUGUGGAUACCAUAAGACACGUAGGUAGGGUUGUGGGUAUUCGACGGAAGGGAUGGUAUUGGGCGAUGGAAAACGCAGGGAAAGGGAAUGGAUAUUCUCAUGUGUGCCUCUGGAUUCCUCGAUGGAUAUACUAGCUGCUAGCUGCACGGUCUGUCAUUUUUCUGUUCUUGCGGUGGUGGCGGGAAGGGAUGAGCCGCAGCCUUUCUUCU